GAGAGAGAGAGAGAGAGAGAGAGAGAGAGAGAGAGAGAGAGAGAGUUGACUUGCGAGGACGUCGCUGAAGGCAAGCGAAGACGCCUCAGCCUUUCAGGAGCUUAUCAGAAUCUGUGACUUACAGUACAUCUGCAAUCAAUGGAGGAUCUCCAUGGAGAGACAGAUCAUCAUCAUCAUCUUUCUCGUGCCGAUCUUGAUGCUGUCGUUGGUGCUUCUGCAGGCUCAUCUUCUGUGGAUGAUCCGGUUCAUGGUGCGGAUGUCGCAGACUCGCGUCAUGAUCACGGAGCCAAUGAGUCCCAUCAUCAUCAUUCCGGUCUGAGGAGAGAGGAUCUCGACGUCCAGGGUGACAUCAGAGUUGCCGAUCGUGCGGCUGUCGAUGGUGCGGCAGUCGAUGGUGCGGCAGUCGAUGCUUGGCGCGAUUGGUCGACAAUGGUGGGCGAGGUGCUUGCCCACAUCUUCAGCGUCCUUCCAAUCCGAGAGCGAUUUCGUGUCGGCAGCGUGUGCAAGAGCUGGCGGCGUGUUUCGGCUGCUCCUGAGUCUUGGACAGAAGCAGAGGUGAUGCUGGUCUCGUGGCCUAAGGUUAAGCAAUGCAUGGAAGAGGUGCUUUUGCGCAGCAGAGGCCGACUGCUCGAUCUGACUCUUGCUGAUUGCGACAAUGCUUUGCUGCAGAAGAUUGGAGACACGUGUCCACUUCUACGGCGAUUGCACAUCGUGUCCUUCCACUUUCAAGCGGAGUGGAUUCGUUCCGUUGAGGCCUUUGUUCGUGGAUGUCCUCGCGUUCGCUCUCUCAUGUGUUUCGGAAUCGAUACUCAUUGCGCGCCACGCUCUGACACUGACCUGUCCGACUUCGCCAGAGUCGUAGUGACAGGCCUCCCUCACCUGGUGUCGCUCAGUCUGGGCGGCAGUGGAUUCGGUGGAAAAGCUGACCAGGUACUGAGCACCGUAAUUGCAGAUCAUGCUGCGCAAUUGGAGGUCCUCGGCUUCAUUUUUCUGCAAAUCACAGCCGUCGAUUUGGCUCGCCUCGGGCAGCGGCUCCCAUCCUUGCGAUCGUUGCUUUUUAUGGACGUCAGCAUCUCUGAUGAUGACGUCAGAGUCAUCGCAGACAACUUUCCUAAUUUGGAAAUUCUGGAGUUGUGGCAUGCGAAAAUAACAGACGCCAGCUUGGAUCUGAUAGGGCAAAAAAUGGACAAGCUGCGAGUCUUGCAAGUGUCUAGAUGCAGAGCACUGACGCAGGAGCGUGUGAGCUCCCUGCGUUCGCGGCGUAAAGAUCUGAACGUGGUCACUGCUCAUUACCAGAUGCGGAUGAGGAUGAUAUCAUUUGCUCAUUGCCUGGCGCUAAAUUUGAUGAUGUCAACUAUAUACUCUAUAGAGAAGAGACGUGACUUAGGGCCAGGUUGCGGUCCACCCCAUCCGCCUCCAACAUUUUGAAUGCAUGCAUCUGGACAUCAGUCUGUCCAGGUGCAUUCAGAAUGAUCUUGGAGGAUGGGGGCAGUAGUGCAAGUACAAGUACUAGGUCCUUAGUACUUUUGUACAGAACGACCGUGGUAUUCAUGCGGCACGGACUGGAUGCAUCUGAGCGCAACAAAGUGUCAGAUUCAGACUUCGGAGCACAUUCCAAACCCUUGAUAGUGCUUGACUCAGACUUUGGAGUUUUGCUGUCUGAGUCCUGUCUGAAUCUGGCCCAUGGUUGCGCUCAGAUGCACCCAGAACGAAAGGUAGUCUGAGUAAGCGUGAUAGGGACAGAAGAUGAACUCGGAAGUCAUGCCUCCGUCCUAGUACACUGACGGCAACAUUUCUAGUGAUCAUCGGCAACAUUUCUAGUGAUCAUCGGCAACAUUUCUAGUGAUGAUGAUCACGACCGCAAUAAGGUGAUAGUAAUUUAUUUUUUUUUACCGUUGGCAAUUUGUAGAAACAGUACCGACCGAGAUUACGCGAGACACAACGCCCUCGUGGUCAGGACAAGCGCCCUGCAGGUGCAUAAUGCCCCGCUAUUCCUGAGACUACCAAGUGUGUAUAUAUUGUCACAUGAUAUCAGAGCGCCUAAGCGAAAAAACCAAGAAAAACAAAAAAAUCUUAAAUUC